AUCAUUCAACGUUGUUGUUUUUUAAUCACUUAUGAGAGCUUAUUGAACUUUGUGUCCAAUUCAUUGAGAUAAGAAGCUAGGACAAUUGAGCCAAAACAGCAACAUGGACAGCGAAAUUUAGCACAACAGCAGUGACAACUUAAAGUCACAACAUGGACUGCAAAAAACAGCAUUAACGUCUAAAACAACGACAACAACAACAACAGCAGCAGCAAAAAAGACUCGGUGACCACCACCACCACCACAACAACAAGAGCAACAAUAAACGUAACAGCGACAGCUAAAAUACUAAAAAAAGAAAGCAAAAUACAUCCAUUAUUAAAAAAGACUUCAAAGGGUUAUGAACCGAAAAUAGCAUCCGUCAAGUUGACUGAAAAUACGUGUAGAAAGACACAUAUCACACAAAACGAAGGUGGCAAAUUAGCAAGAAAUGGAUCGAUAUUCCCACACAUAUUUCAAGAUGUUUUUCAAAGCGACUUUGMUAGCUUUGCUAGUGAAUGUCUCGUGGAAUUUUCAAAUUUUCCAAGUCCCAAAAGGGGAGAUAGAACUGGAUGAGACGGACGGACUUUGCUGCAGUGGGGGCGCGUGUACUGUGAAAUGUAAGAAUGGUUUAAAAGGUCCAUUGGAAGCACCGGRUCAACCACCAAAGUUUGUCUACAGGGCUGACUUUCGAAAACCAAAAGAAAUCUUUCAAAAAGGCUUUGGAUGUCUCGGUGAAAACGACAACCUCGUUGAACACACACUCGGWRUCUCURCUCACUACGGCAAGAAAAACACACUUUUUGUCUCAACUUCUGCCAAUGAACAGGAAGCCAAUAAAUGGGGAAAAACACUACUCGAAGAAGCGCACAAUCCAAAAAAUGAAAAAACUCAAAAGUACAAGAAAUAUAAAUCUAUUUACUUGUAUAAAGUACGAGCCGAUUGGAACUAUUUCAACAUGGAAGAAUCUCUUCGCGAAGGCUUCAGAAAAACAAACGAUAAUAAAUAUCGACAGCAAGCGGAGGUAGCGAGGGGGCUUAAGGAGUAUGACGCCUGUGGGGGGAUAAACCCAGAAGAGAUUGUUAGUGCGAAGAAAUAUUCAUGGAAGAAUUCAGAAGUGACGGGUCCGGUAUCUGAUGAAGAGGAGAACCGAGGWUAUGUUGACAAAGAGACGCAAGCAAACUCCUUCAUUUAUGCCGCUUGAAAUUUGUUUAAGAUAAUGUACAAUUACAAGAACUAGACGCAUAACUGYRGGAACUCGCACUUUUAAUAUAUUGAGUUUAAAGCAGUAAAAGAAUUAUUCACGA